AUGGGGGAUCGGAUCCUGGGGCUGAGCCUAGAGGGGGCGGACCCUGAACUCACCGACGGAAACCUACCUCCACCACAGGUGGACACCCUGCAAGAUGGAGCUCCUCCUUAUGAGGGGACAAGGGCAUCAGCCAGCUCCUUGUGGGGCACAUAUCUCAACCAGGCACCUCAUCUUCCAUUAGCCCAGCCCCUUCAGGAGUCACAGCCUCCCCCCCAUGGAGGUCCGGAGCAAGAGGCGGCCAAAGCCCAGGGACGCACGGUGCCUAUUCGGAUUGAAGGCCAUGCCUGGCCGGGAGCAAGCCCUGGAGAGCUGCUCUGGAAUGUCCACAGUCACACAGUCACCGAGACCACACACACAACCUACAUCUACCAGGCCACGGGCACAGAGGCCACAAGGCCACCUAGCAUGCAGGUGACCAUUGAGGAUGAGCAGGUGCUGGCCGGGGGCACAGCGCGGUUUGAGGCGGUCAUCGAGGGGAGUCCGCAGCCCACAGUGACCUGGUACAAGGACGAUGUCCAGCUGGCAGACAGUGCCCGGCUCAGCCAGUGCCAGGAAGGAACUACUUACGCCCUUGUGCUGCGGGAUGUGGGCCUGCAGGAUGCCGGCGUCUAUACCUGCCUGGCCUGCAAUGCCGGUGGCCGGGUGCUUUGUAAGGCUGAGCUGCUGGUGGAGAGGGCAGGUGCACUGGACCUGGAGAAACAGAGCUGUCGGAGGAAGCUGCACUCCUUCUACGAGGUCAAGGAGGAGAUUGGAAGGGGCGUGUCUGGCUUUGUGAAGAGGGUACAGCACAAAGGCAACCAGCUCUCCUGUGCAGCCAAGUUCAUCCCUCUGCGAAGCCACAGCCGGGCCCAGGCGUACCGUGAACGGGACAUCCUGGCCUCGCUCAGCCACCCCCUGCUCACCCAGCUGCUGGAUGAGUUUGAGACGCGCAAGACCCUCAUCCUGGUGCUGGAGCUGUGCUCGUCGGAGGAACUGCUGGACCGCCUGUUCCGGAAGGGCGUGGUGACUGAGGCUGAGGUCAAGGUGUACAUCCAGCAGCUGGUAGAAGGCCUGCACUACCUGCACAGCCACGGUGUCCUCCACCUAGACAUAAAGCCCCCCAACAUCUUGAUGGUGCACCCUGCUCGGGAGGAUAUCAAGAUUUGCGACUUCGGCCUUGCCCAGAGAGUGAACCCCACAGAGCCCCAGUAUAGCCAGUAUGGCGCCCCUGAGUUUGUGGCUCCCGAGGUCAUCGAGCAGAACCCCGUGAGCGAGGCCUCGGACAUCUGGGCCAUGGGGGUCGUCUCCUACCUCAGCCUGACCUGCUCGUCCCCCUUUGCUGGUGAGAGUGACCGGGCCACCCUGCGGAAUGUUCUAGAAGGACGGGUGUCCUGGAGUAGCCCUGUGGCUGCCCACCUCAGUGUGGAUGCUAAGGACUUCCUCCAGGCUACACUCCAGAGAGCCCCAGAGGCACGGCCCAGUGCCUCCCAGUGCCUUGGGCACCCCUGGUUCCUGACAUCCGUGCCAGCUGAGGAGGCCCAGUUUGUCAGCACCAAGCAACUCAAGUUCCUCCUGGCCCGCAGCCGCUGGCAGCGUUCCCUGAUGAGCUACAAGUCUGUCCUGGUGAUGCGUUCCAUCCCUGAGCUGCUCCAUGGUCCACCUGACAGCCCCUCGCUGGGUGUGGCCCGGCACCUGCGGGUCCAGGCUGGCGCCUCUUCCAGCUCUUCUUCCUCCUCUUCGGACACUGAGCUCACCCCCUUUGCCCGGGCUAAGUCGCUGCCACCAUCCCCGGUGACACACUCCCCACUGCUGCACCCCAGAGGCUUCCUGCGGCCCUCAGCCAGCCUGCCUGAAGAGGCUGAGGCCUGUGGCCCUCCAGUGACUACAGCCUCACCAGCAUUGCCCCCUCGCACAGGGCCAGUGCCCCGGCACAGCAUAGUUCACAGUUUGUUCCACCAGCAGGCGGGUGAGGACCCUGUCCCAGGGGGCCGGCGACACCCAGCCCGGCGCCGGCACCUGCUAAAGGGUGGAUACAUCGCGAGGGCUCUGCCUGGCCUGCGGGAGCCGCUGAUGGAGCAGCGGGCCCUGGAAGAGGCCAGUGAGGAGCUGCUUACACCCCCUGCAAAAAUCCCCUCCUUGGAACCUGCCCUGCAGUCAUCUGGCCCUAAAUCCCAUGAAGACCUGGCAGGUGCCACCAGCCCAUCCCAGGACACCUGCUUUGGGGGACGGUGCCCACCCCCAGCUCCCCCCAGGCGACUCUUGUCCUCCAGUGGCAAGCGGUCCUGGGCUCAGUCGGAGGGGGUGGCCCAGCACAGUGGUCAAAGACAGCCAGUUCCCCUUGGCCUCCCUGAGCAGGGCCACAGGCCCCCCUCAGCCCCUUCCAGCCCCUGCUCUUCACCCGCAGCAGAGCCCCCAGUGCCCCCUUCUAUAGCGACAGCCAGCCUUGUGCCAGGCUCUAAGACAGGGUCGGAGGGCAUGAACCUGCCUCAGGGGAUGGGGCAGACAGGCUGGAGGUCAGGUCUCUCCCAGGAGGCCGAGGGCUCCCCCGACAACAGCCCCCACAUGCAGCGGCCACAGGAACAGGCGACUGCUCGCAAGUUCUCCCUGGGAUCCCGGGGGGGCUAUGCGGGGGUGUCAGGCUAUGGCACCUUUGCCUUUGGGGGUGAUGCGGGGGGUAUGCUAGGGCAGGGACCCCUGUGGGCCAGGCUGGCAUGGGCUGCAUCCCAGUCCUCAGAGGAGCAGGACGAAGCUGCAGCCGGUGGGGAAUCCCUGUCAGCAGCCCCAGAGUUGGGCUGCUGGGAGCAGCCUGGGCAGGUGUCUCUGGUACAGAUCCGGGACCUGUCAGGGGACGCAGAGGCAGCCGACACCCUCUCCCUCGACAUAUCUGAGGUGGAUCCUGCCUACCUGAACCUCUCAGACCUGUAUGACAUCAAGUACCUGCCCUUCGAGUUCAUGAUCUUCAGCAGGGUCCCCCGGCCCGAGAGGCAGCCGGGGCCACCGUCCCCAGAGCCCGAGGAAGAGGAUGUGUCCGAAGGGGUCCCAGGGGCUGCAUGGCCCUGGCCCCAGGCCCCGAGCCCCGAGCCUGAUCUGGCGAUCACAGAGGAGCCUAUGGACCUGGAUGUGCUGCUGGGGGCGGCCACCGCGGGCAGGAAGCGCAAGUGGCCCUGCCUGCCGCUGGAGGAGCCGCUGGAGCUGGGGCUGCGUCAGCGGGUGAAGGCCUCCAUGGCCCACAUUUCCAGGGUCCUGCAGGGCCGGACCCUCGGUGAGCCUGCCCUGCCCACCUGUCUAGCAGGUGUGGAGAAGGAGGGCCCCCCUAGGAAGAAGCCUGGCUUUACCUCCUUCCGCCUAUCAGGUCUGAAGGGUCGGGACCGAGCACCAUCCUUCCUACGGCAGUUGUCGGAUGAGACAGUGGUCCUGGGUCAGUCAGUGACCCUGGCCUGCCAGGUGUCAGCCCAGCCACCCGCCCAGGCCACGUGGACUAAGGACGGGGAUCCCCUGGAAAGCAGCGGCCGUCUCCUCAUCUCUUCCACCCUCAAGGACUUCCACCUGCUGACCAUCCUGGUGGUGACCGUCGAGGACCUGGGCGUGUACACGUGCUGUGUGAGCAACUCACUGGGGACAGCAGCCACCACAGCCACUCUCAGGAAGGCAGAGCGUCCCUCGUCGUCCCCACGCCCGGAUGUGGGGGAGGUGUCCGAGGACGGGGUGCUGCUGGUAUGGAAGCCUGUGGAGUCCUGUGGCCCAGUCACCUACACCGUGCAGUGCAGCCUGGAAGGUACUGACCCCCUCCUGGCACGCCUGGCCUGGGGAGGGAGGCUUCCUGACCCCUCACUGCUACCCUGCGGCCCAGGUGGCAGCUGGACCACCCUGGCCUCCGACAUCACCGACUGCUGCUACGUCACCAGCCGGCUGGCCCGGGGUGGCAGCUACGCCUUCCGCACAGCCUGUGUCAGCAAGGCGGGCAUGGGCCCCUACAGCAGCCCCUCAGAACAAGUCCUCCUUGGGGGGCCCAGGCGCUUGGCCUCUGAGGAGGACAGUGCCCAGGGCCAGCCAGUCCAGCCCCUCCCCAGCACGAAGACCUUCGCCUUCCAGAUGCAGAUCCGCAGGGGCCGUUUCAGUGUGGUCCGGCAGUGCCGAGAGAAGGCCAGUGGGCGGGUGCUGGCUGCCAAGAUCAUCCCCUACGAGCCUGGGGCCAGGACAGCUGUGCUGCGUGAGUAUGAGGCUCUCAAGGGCCUGCACCACCCACACCUGGCCCAGCUGCAGGCUGCCUACCUCAGCCCACGGCACCUGGUGCUCAUCUCCGAGCUGUGCUCUGGGCCUGAGCUGCUGCCCUGUCUGGCGGAGAGGACAUCCUACUCAGAGUCAGAGGUGAAGGACUUCCUGUGGCAGAUGCUGAGUGCCACCCAGUACCUGCAUGCCCACCGCAUCCUACAUCUGGACCUGCGGUCUGAGAACAUGAUGGUCACCGAGUACAACCUGCUCAAGGUCGUGGACCUGGGCAGUGCCCAGAGCCUGGACCAGGGCCAGGUGUUUCCCUCAGAGACCUUCAAAGACUACCUGGAGACCAUGGCUCCGGAGCUCCUGGAGGGCCAGAGUGCUGUCCCGCAGACGGACAUCUGGGCCAUUGGCGUGACCGCAUUUAUCAUGCUGAGCGCUGACUACCCGGUGAACGGCGAGGGUGUGCGUGACCUGCAGCGGAGCCUACGUAAGGGGCCACUCCGCUUGGGCCGCUGCUAUGCAGGGCUGUCUGGCGGUGCUGUGGCCUUCCUACGUGGAGCCCUUAACGCACAGCCCUGGGCCCGGCCAUGCGCAGCUAGCUGCCUGCAGUGCCCGUGGCUGACUGAGGAGGGCCCAGCGGCUGCCCAGCCCGCACCGGUGACCUUUCCCACCACACAGCUGCGCGCCUUCCUGCGAGAGCGUGAGAAGCGGCGAGCAUUGCUGUGCCGCAGGCGUCGCUCUCCACAGGGGCGCUGA